AUGGUCCUCUGGCAUAAUAAUUCACAUACGUUUGGAAAUUCAUUCGAUGCUGUCACCAUAGCAUUUUUUAACCGAUACCCAAACCCAUAUGCCUCUCAUGUUUUGAGUAUCGACACUCUUUCUAGACGUGUCGAUGAUGAUGGGAGACUUAUAUCUAUUAGAUUGAUUAAAAAGAUGGGGAAGCUUCCCAAUUGGGUGAAACCUUUUCUUGGAAAGAUAUCUGAAUCCUGGAUCAUUGAACAUUCAGUGGUCGAUACCAAGAAGGGAGAAAUGCUGACUUAUACUAGGAAUUUAGAUCAUACGAAGAUUAUAAAAGUGGAAGAAUAUACUAGGUUUGAAAAAGACGGGAAUAGCACUCAGGUGAAAUCCAUGGUCAAGUUCAGUAGUGGAUUUGGGAUUGGGAUUAGAAACAGAAUCGAGAGCUGGUCACAUAGCAAGUUCGAUGAGAAUAUUCAGAAGAGCAGGAAGGGCAUGACUUUCGUUUUGCAAAGACUGGAUCUCUCGUUAAACAAAACUUCGAGCUGA